UUGGAGGACUGAAAUGGAUAGAGGUCGGUGGGCUUUGCAGGUUUUCUAACGACCUUAGGCUUUUCGAACUGCAACAGGGCCAGGUGGUCAUGGCAUCAGUAAGAAUUCUACAGAGAUGCAACCUUGAUUGUCAUAAAAUCUGCUCAAAAUGCAGUGCAAAUCAAACGCACAACACAAAGCAAGUUGUUUUAUCAAUACCCAUUUCAAGAAGGUGUGCGAUAUUAGUCUCUUCAGUGCCUUUCUUUCUCGUUUCACUGCCCCAGUUCUCAGAGGCCAGAGAGAGACGCAACAAGAAGACCAUUCCCAUUGAAGACUAUCUCACCACCCCCGAGGGAUUGAAAUACUAUGAUGUUGUCGAAGGAAAGGGUUCUGUAGCAGAAAAAGGAUCAACUGUACAGGUGCACUUUGACUGCAUAUACCGUGGUAUUACUGCUGUUUCAAGUCGGGAGUCUAAACUUCUAGCUGGAAAUCGUAUCAUUGCCCAGCCAUAUGAAUUCAAGGUUGGAGCUACUCCAGGGAAAGAAAGGAAACGAGAUUUUGUAGACAACCCAAAUGGUUUGUUUUCUGCACAAGCUGCACCAAAGCCCCCACCAGCUAUGUACUCAAUAACAGAAGGAAUGAAAGUGGGGGGAAAGAGGACUGUCAUUGUUCCUCCAGAGGCGGGCUAUGGCGAGAAAGGAAUGAAUGAGAUCCCGCCAGGAGGCACAUUCGAGCUAAACAUCGAGCUUUUGCAAGUGAUGCCACCCGAAGAGAAGUAAAGCCUUUCACUUCUACCUUCUCCUGGAAAUAGCAUGGCAGUGAAAAAAGCCUUAACAUUCCAGUUGCGCCCAUUGCUCCAGUCGUGGUCUCUCGCCCUUUUAACUGAGAUUGUUCGUUGUAAUUUAUGGCCCAAUCCUGAACAAUAUUUUGCUUUGGAUGGAUAUUUGUACAGGCCUGUUUAUUUUGAUGUCCUGUCAGGAACGUCAAUUUUAAAUCCUAGGUGAAAUAUCAAUGAUAACACAAAUCAGUUUGUUUCUUUUUUCC